AUGUUUUACGGGCGCGAGUGUUUCGAGCGUCACCGAGCCGAAAAAUCGUACGGAGACAGUCGCGUGAGUAUGUGCAGCGCCUUGCAAUUUUGUGACGAUUGCGGGCGUUUGUACAGAACAGCGGGUGCGAGGCACGAAUGCGGCGUCGUGUUUUGUAACAUUUGCAGUUCGCGUCAAGAUGUAAACCAUCUUUGUUAUAUUCGACCUCUUACACGCGAGGAUUUCACCGGCAAAGGAAAAAACACGCGCGUCGCAUUCGUGUUCUACGAUUUCGAGACCCGACAGGAUGAGACGCUCGAAGGUACAGCGUCUGUGAAAAUUCACAUGCCCACUCUUUGCGUCGCACAGCAGAUUUGCGUCGCGUGUGCGGGCGAGGACGACAUGACGGUACGUUGCCGGUGGUGCGGUGUGCGCAAAUUCGUGUUCCGCGAUGAUCCGGUGAGGCAAUUCGUCGAUUUCGUUACGAGAACAACGAAAUGUUUCAAGCAGAUUAUCUGCAUCGCGCACAACGCCAAGGCGUUCGACGCGCAGUUCAUCCUUCGUUACAUCACGGAAAAACGUGUCGAUUUGGAUCCACGAGUAAUAUUAAACGGGACGAAAAUCGUAGUAUUACCGGCCGGACGUCCAAAAUUUAUUAACAGUAUCAACUAUAUGCCGAUGCGUUUGUCAGCUCUGCCAAAGGCUUUCGGUUUGCGGGGUGGGGUGGAAAAGGGAUAUUUUCCGCAUUUAUUUAACACACUCGCGAAUCAGUCGUACAUCGGUCCGUUACCAGCCGUUGAAUAUUACUCGCCGGAUAGUAUGUCUAGCAAAGAACGCAAACGUUUUUUGUCGUGGCACGCGGAACAGAUGCGCGAAAACGCAGUUUUUGACUUUCAACGCGAGAUAGUUUGUUAUUGUCGUAACGACGUUGAUAUCUUGCGGCGAGCGUGCAUGGCCUUCCGCAAGAUAUUUCUCGAGCGCGGAAACGUAUGUCCGUUCGAAGAAUGCACGACCAUCGCUUCCACAUGUAUGCGCGUUUUCCGCAAACAUUUUCUACGUGAGAAAGAGAUCGGCGUCAUUCCUCACGGCGGAUAUUGUCUCGCGGAUACGCAAUCCCGCAAAGCUCUGCAGUGGCUGGUGUGGAAGGAGCGCGAGCUUGGCCGCAUCAUUGUUCACGCGGGUCACGGGCGAGAACAUCGUCUCGCGGAAGUCGGAGGCAUUCCCGUCGACGGGUAUUACGAGACGGCGAACGGUGAGCGUCACGUGUUGAAAUACCACGGCUGCUUUUGGCACGGAUGUCCCGUGUGUUUUAAAACGGAACGCGACAAAUGUCUCUGCACGGAGAACGCGAAGUACGACACGAUGAACUCGCAAUACGAGCGUACACUGACAACGUCAUGGCGUCUUCGAAAACGAGGGUACAUCGUGACGGAGAAAUGGGAGUGCGGUUUUGAUUGCGAUACGCGAGAAAAUCGCGAAAUGCGAGCGUUUUUAGACCAACAUCCGAUGCUCGCGGCUGAACCGCUUUCACCGCGUGACGCGUUUUUCGGCGGUCAAACAGAAAACAUCGCGAUUCGACGCGAAGUUACGGGUACGGAGAAAAUACAUUACGUAGACGUGUGUUCUCUAUACCCUUACGUGUUGAAAACCGGCGCUUUUCCGAUUGGACAUCCGAAAAUUUUUGUCGGACAAAAAGAAUGCGCCUUGCUCAUCAAAGCGAAGCCCGGUGUCGAUUUUUCCGCGGUCGAAAGGCUUGUGCGUUGUAGAGUGCUCCCUCCGCGCAAUCUCUUUCACCCUGUACUCCCGUACCGCGUGCAGGGCAAACUGCUGUUUGCCUUGUGCCGCAGUUGCUGCAAAAACUUCUCGCAGACACAGUGCUCGCACGAAAAUCCGCGCGAUUGUGAAUUCGAAGACGUGUGGGUAUCGUGUGAAUUACGCAAAGCUGUGGAGAAGGGUUAUCUCGUGAAUGCAGUGAGCGAGAUAUGGCAAUACGAGACGAGCCGAUACGACGCUGAUACGCGUCAGGGGGGAUUAUUUGCCGAAUACAUAAAUUGUUUUCUCAAAUUGAAGCAAGAGGCGAGCGGAUGGCCGAGCAAAUGCGUGGACGACAAAUCUAAAGAACAAUAUCUUUGA